AUGCCUGCCGCCAACUACCGCCUCGUUGAACCGCAUCCAUCUGUCCCCCACACUAGCCGUCCUGCUCUGCAUACGGCUCGGGGAGGCGCUGGCAAUGUCAUCAAUCUGAAGAACACAAAGACCACCGACUCGCGCUCUGCGACCGGUCCUGCGUCUCUUACUCGUCUGGACUCGCGCGUACCUUCCACCUUUACUACCGGUCGUGGCGGCGCCGGCAACGUCCACCGCAGCAGCGAACGCGCCAUCUUCAGUUUCGACGAAGAGCUCGAACGUGAAAUGCGCCGCGCCGCGCCCGUUUACCACGUCGGCCGUGGCGGAGCUGGCAACAUGGUCCACCGUGACAACGACCACGAAAGCAUACUCAGCCGCAAGUUCUCUUCAACAAGUCAGACCUCCGCCAAGAGCAAUAUCUCCACGACAAGUGAUCGUGCGCGUGAGGUGGCUCGCCGUGGCCUCGAGAAGGGCUGGGAGAAGAUCAAGGGCAUGGCGUAG